CUUCGACUCCAAAGAUCGAGAAGCAAGAAAUGGAAAGGAGCAAAUUAAUUUUGAUUUCAAUCGUAGUUACAUUGGUUUGUUGUUUAGGGGUUGUGCAGGGGUUCACAUAUGACGACAAGGAGGUUCAUACGGAAGAGGGCAGGGAGGCUAUGUUUGAAAGAUGGAGGAGCCACCACAAGUUGGAGGAAAUAAGCCUUGAAGCGAAGAGGAAACAGUACAACACGUUCAAGUCUAGACUGGAACAUGUUCACAAGACAAACAAGGCGAACUUGGGAUUUAAGUUAGAGCUGAACAGGUUUGCAGGGAUGACUCGCGAGGAGAUACAGAGCAAGUUUACUGGAUUUAAGGGUGCCCCUCCCAAUCCUUGCCCUGCAAAUGACGCUGGUUGCCCGGCAAAGGACAAUGGUUGCUGCCCAGGCGACGGUUGCCCGGCAAAGGACGGCGGUUGCCCAGCGGACAGUGGUUGCUGCCCAGGCGGUGGUUGCCCGGCAAAGGACGGCGGUUGCCCGGCCGGUGGUUGCCCAGCGGACAGUGGUUGCUGCCCGGGCGGUGGUUGCCCGGCAAAAGACGGCGGUUGCCCGGGCGGUGGUUGCCCAGCGGACAGUGGUUGCUGCCCGGGCGGUGGUUGCCCAGCAAAGGACGGCGGUUGCCCGGCCGGUGGUUGCCCAGCUGACAGUGGUUGCUGCCCGGGCGGUGGUUGCCCGGCAAAAGACGGCGGUUGCCCGACUGGUGGUUGCCCAGCGGACAGUGGUUGCUGCCCGGGCGGUGGUUGCCCAGCAAAGGACGGCGGUUGCCCGCCCGAUGGUUGCCCAGCGGACAGUGGUUGCCCAGCAAAGGACGACGGUUGCCCGGCCGGUGGUUGCCCAGCGGACAGUGGUUGCUGCCCGGGCGGUGGUUGCCCGGCAAAAGACGGCGGUUGCCCGGCCGGUGCUUGCCCAGCGGACAGUGGUUGCUGCCCAGGCGGUGGUUGCCCGGCAAAGGACGGCGAUUGCCCGGCUGGUGGUUGCCCAGCGGACAGUGGUUGCUGCCCAGGCGGCGGUUGCCCGACAAAGGAUAGCGGUUGCCCUGGCGGUGGUUGCCCAGCAAAGGACAGCGGUUGUGCGGGCGGCGGUUGUCCGGCGAAUGAUGGUGGUUGCCCUGGAGGCGGUUGCCCGACAAAGGACAGCGGUUGCCCUAGUGGUGGUUGCCCGGCAAAAGAUACGGACACUAUUUUCAAACCAAUAGAUAACACCGGCGGUGGUUGCCCCGGCGGUGAUUGCCCGGCGAAGGACGGCGGUUGCCCAGGCGGAGGUUGCCCGGCGAAAGAUGGCGGUUGCCCGGCGAAAGACGGCGGUUGCCCGGCGAAGGACGGCGGUUGCCCGGCGGCGGACGGAGGUUGCCCGGCAAAGGACGGCGGGUGCCCGGGCGGCGGUUGCCCGGCGGCGGACGGAGGUUGCCCGGCAAAGGACGGCGGCUGCCCGGGCGGCGGUUGCCCGGCGACGGACGGAGGUUGCUCGGCAAAGGAUGGCGGCUGCCCGGCCGGUGGUUGCUCGGCGGCGGACGGAGGUUGCCCGGGCGGCGGUUGCCCGGCAAAGGACGGCGGUUGCCCAGGCGGCGGAUGCCCGGCGAAGGACGGAGGUUGCCCGGCGAAGGACGGUGGUUGCCCGGGCGGCGGUUGCCCGGCGAAGAACGACGGUUGUCCGGGUGGCGGUUGCCCUGGUGGCAGUUGCCCGGCGAAGGACGGCGGUUGCCCGGGCGGCAGUUGCCCAGCGAAGGACGGUGGUUGUCCAGGUGGCGGUUGCCCGGCAAAGGACGGCGGUUGCUCGGGCGGCAGUUGCCCAGCGAAGGACGGUGGUUGUCCAGGUGGUGGUUGCCCUGGUGGCAGUUGCCCGGCGAAGGACGGCGGUUGUCCGGCAAAUGACGGCGGUUGCUCGGGCGGCGGUUGCCCGGCAAAAGACGGCAGAGAGGCUACUGCAAGUAAGGACAACUGGUAUUGGGAUUUCAAGUAUCGUAAUGUCACUGACGUCCCUGCCGAGAUGGACUGGAGAAACCAUAAUGCAGUUACCCGUGUCAAGAAUCAAGGAAUGUGUGGGAGUUGCUAUGCAUUUCCAACAGUGGAUUCCGUUGAAGGAAUACAUGCAAUCGUAAAUGGCGAGCUAAUAGAAUUAUCACCAAAAGAAAUUAUCGACUGUGCUAAUGUGGGCGGAUGUAACGGAGGGUCACCUCAAGAUUCUUUCAAAUACAUCGCCAAUAAUGGAGGUCUAACUACCGAGAAGAACUACCCUUACAAACCUGAAGUUGAGACUUGCAGAUUACAAAAGGCGAAUGAUAUUGCCGUAGAAAUUCAUGGAUAUCAAGACGUUCCUAGGGACGAAACUGAUGAGCAUCUUUUGAAAGCAGUUGCACACCAGCCUGUAGCUGUUGCAACGUCAUGGGGAGAUAAUUUAGCAUUAUAUAAAGAGGGAAUUGUGCAAGGACCAUGCGAAACGACAGUUUUGCAUUCAACGCUAGCAGUUGGAUACGGAACGGCCCCAGAUGGAACCAAGUACUGGAUAUUGAAGAACUCGUGGGGAGAAGAGUGGGGAGAAAAGGGAUACUACAAACUACACCGUGGAAUUCCUGACAAGAAGGGAAUGUGCGGCAUAGCACAAUUCCCUGCUUAUCCUAUCAUUGAAGCCGAUAGUGGAAUACAUGCCUCACCCGGUGCAGUUGUUAAGAGUGUUAAAAAACGCUAGACGUUCGUAUGCCCAACUUAAUUUGGAUGUGAUUGUUUCUCCAUUCUAAAUAAUCGGUUGCUGAUUCCGAUCCGAUUCAGGCUACUCUAAAUUUUUUAUUAUGUAAUUCAACUAUAAAUUUAUACCCGUGUAAAGCGGUGAUGACAAAUAGUUUUUUCGGCAAUUAGUUUCUUUUCGGAAACAUGUUAUGUUA